AUGCCAUCACCGACGUCAAAGCCGACGGCGCAGUCCGGCUCUCGUCGCCAAUAUCAACCGCCACACCCGCAACAGGACCCGCGACAGGGCUCUUCCUCUGGCCCGGACGUGAGCACCCAGCAGAGCAAGCACAGUCAGACGCAUGGUGCCCUGCCACUCUCGUUUCGACUCCCCUUCCAGUCCAACCCCACCUCAACUAGCCUUGUGCCCUCUGUCGCCGAGGGUCGCCCCAUUCCGGUUGACGACAGCACCGCGGAGCAUCGCACCGAAGCCUUGCGCGAAUUCAACAGCCACUACCCGAGCCGUCAUAGAUAUGCGAAAUCCACCGGCGCCGAGAAUACCACCUACUCGGAGCCAGUCAUUGUUCGUAGCUACUAUCGAUCGCCGCCCAGCAAAGCGAAGCGAUCACCCCGCGGAGGCAGCAGCAACGCCAGCAGCGCUGGGAUAGUGGUUGUUCGCAAUGGCCACAGCACUGCCGGCUCGAUUAACGGAUCUGUUGCUUCGCGAACUAGGACAUCUCCGCUUGCGGGCAAAAUGGCCUCUGCUAGCAGUGGCAUGCUCAGCAUCAUGGCUCGGGCACGAGGUCAGAACUCGCAGUCCGCCAAUCGUUUGCUUCCGGAAGAUGCCAAGCUACCACCGAUCGAAGCAUUCUCGUUUAAAAGCUUCCUCGACAAUCUGGAGGAGGAAGAGGCGGCGAACACGAGCAGUGAUAUCAACGCAGACCUGGACAGGAUAGCUGAGAUAUGCGCCCGGUCACGAUAUUCUCUGAGUAAUCAGUACGAAGUGCAUCACGGACCACACGGUUCGGGCAUCGCAUUCAUUACAGAAGGCCAACACGGACCAGAAAACCAAGGACCAACACUGCAGGCAGUAACUUCUGACGACGAGACCAAUGCAAGGACGGCGCGAAAACGGCGACUGGGCGGUCGCAGGAACAGCCGGGCUAUGGGCACUCUGGAGACCAUCAUGUCUUCGAGUCGCUCAUCGGACGAUGACCGCUCAAAGAAGCAAUCGGCAUCUGAAAUUGCCGACGAAGUCCGUGGGCGAGCGUCGACCAAAACGUCUCAUCACACAUCGCCCGCUGGAUCGACGACUAGCGCACGACAAGGACGCACGCCCCAGGACCCUCCGAAGCAACGACCUUCCGUCAAGCGCACACUGUCGUCAUCUCUUGCGCUCAUCGACACCGCCAACAAGACGACGGUCGCUUCGUCAACUGAUGCUGACGAACCGACACCGCACAGAGCAUCCGUUGCCUCGCUUGUGGGCGAGCCCGCGUUACCCCAGUCUUGCACUAGCCAGCUGGAAGUCCAUACCGCCACCUCGCAUGCAGACACGGCAACGGUGACAAACGUGGCAUCCCUCGCCCCCGACCGCCAGCACCACGCUUUAGCGGACAGAAACGGCAACCCGCUGCCCCGCCCCGCUGCGAGAGGCGCCGUGUCCUCGAUCGACGGCGCCACGGCGACGGGCUUCCUCUCGACGCUCGCGGGCUGGAUCCCGUGGAGCAGCGGCUCCUCAAGCGACGCUGCCCUGCCGCAGCAGGGCCGAGCCGUUGGCAGCCUGCGCAGUCUGCUGAAAAUGGUGGACGAUGAUGCACAUUAUGAACAAUGA